AACUGGCGCCAUCUGGUUUUCUGCCACAUGCAUUCAAGGACAAACAGCUGAUGAACCUUUUUAUCACAUCUUCCAGGACGGACAAAUUUAAGGCCGUUAAUUUUUUUUUAUAAUUAAAGGAAAGAAGAAGGAACAACGGAAACAAUAACUUUAAAAUACCAACAGGCGUCCUGAGCUGAAGACCAACUAGAAUCCAAUAAUCUUCACUUUAAAGCAUAACAAAUGUCUGACCGGAGGAAGAAACGGAAAUCUGCAGCAAAGACCAGAUCACAUGGAGAUCACACAGUUUGUUCCCAGAAGAAUGGAGAUGAGCCACCAGGCCCCAGCAGCGUCUCUGUUAAAAGCAAUCGGUCCAAGGGUCUGCCAAAUGACUUUAGAAAAGACAGAUCAAAAUGUCAGAAAUUCAGCGAGGAGCUGAGCAGCUGCUCAGUGUGUCAACAGGUUCUGAAGGAUUUGGUGUAUUUUAUUUGUGGACAUCCAUCAUGUAAGGAUUGUUUGGGUUUGAGCCUGAAUGACUUACCGACAGACUCGCCCUGCACACAGUGUGGAGAGACGUUUAUGGAAAACACACUCAAAGACAGAGGUAACAGUGUCUUUCUGGAAGCAACAAUGAAUCUUAAAAAAGGAAUGAAGAAUAAAUUCACUUUGACGUCUGAAGGUAAUGGUGAUUAUCGCAGCUCCCUCAAAAGCAUCUACACAACCCUGUUCAUCACCACUGGAGAUAAUGAUGGACGAAAUCAGGAACAUGAGUUCAGACAGCUAAGAAAUGCUCAUCCAGACCAACCGCUGAGUGACUCUACUGUCAACCUGAGUGAGCUCUUCCAAUCGGUGCCUGACCAGGACAAACCCAGCAGAACAGUCCUGACAAAGGGAGUCGCAGGCAUUGGAAAAUCCUUUGCUGUUCAGAAGUUCAUCCUUGAUUGGGCUGAAGAGGAAACAAACCAACAGAUUGAUUUUGUUUUCAGUCUUCCUUUCCGAGAGUUGAAUUUGAUUGUAGGAGAGAAAGGUCUCCAUGAGCUGCUGACUGAGUUUCAUCCGUCUCUCAGACCACUGAAAGAUUCCCAAGAUUACUCCAAAACAAAGAUCAUAGUGAUCCUGGAUGGCUUGGAUGAAAACAGAUAUCAGUUGGACUUUCAGGAAUCAGCCAAAGUAACUUCUCUUGAUGAUGUAGCGUCUGUAGGUGAUCUUGUUGUAAACCUGAUCCAGGGUAACCUCCUUCCUGACGCUAAUGUCUGGAUAACGUCCCGACCAGCAGCAGCCAGUCAGAUCCCUGCAGAGCACAUCGACAUGGUGACAGAGAUCAGAGGGUUCAAUGAUGCUCAGAAAGUGGAAUAUUUCAGAAAAAGAUUCGGUGAUGAUUCCAGUAUCACUAACAGGAUAAUAUCACAUAUUCAGUCCUCACAAUCCCUGGACAUCAUGUGCCAGAUCCCGAUAUUCUGUUGGAUUUCUGCUGUCUUAUUCCAGGAAGUCUUCAGCAGAAAUGAAGAGACAGAAAUCCCUCAGACUCUUACAGAGUUAAUGGCACAUUUUGUCUUUGCUCAGACAAAACGUAGAAGCAGGAAGUAUGACAGGAACCCUGAGAAAAACAGAGAGAAGCUCCUGAAGACUCACAGAGAAUUUCUUCUGAAACUUGGGAAACUUGCAUUUGUCCAGCUUCAAGAAAAUCAACUCAUCUUCUAUGAGGAAGACCUGGAAGACUGUGGCAUUGAUGUAGCAGAGGCAUCAAUCUACUCUGGUUUAUGUAACACUGUUCUCCAGGAAGAGGAGGUCUCCUCCCAGAAAAAGAUCUUCUUCUUUGUGCAUCUGACUCUUCAAGAGUUCUUUGCAGCUCUGCACGUCUAUGAAUGCAUGAAAACCAAGAAAACCAAUGAACUUGGCAAGUUCCUCUCUGUGGAAGACAAAGAUCUUCCUUUACUUGAUCUUCUAAAGAUGACAGUCGACAAAGUGCUGGAGAAGAAGAACAGUUACUUAGACUUUUUCUUACGAUUCCUGCUUGGCCUGAUGGUUGAACCCAAUCAGAGAUUCCUUCAGGGUCUGUUGACUCCCCUUGACGAAUGGGACGACACAGACAAGAAAAUCCUAACUUACCUGAGAUCAAUUAGAAGAAAAACCGUCUCUCCAGACAGCUGCAUCACCAUCUUCCAGACCAUGACUGAAAUGAGAGAUCACAAAGUCAAAGAUGAGAUUCAGGAAUUUCUCAAAUUGGCUCCUUUGCACUGCUCUGUUGAUAAAAUGACAAAAUGACGAGAGACAUAAGAAAGUCUUAACUUGGCUCAGACCUCUUCCAUAAACACAUUAUCUGAAACGUCUGAAACUUCUUCCAGAUAAUAUUUAACUGACCUUAUUAGGCUCAAGACACUAAAUAAAACUCAAUACUACAUUAGAAAAAGCUUAUUUGUUUUAUGACAUUCUAUGUUAAGUACAUAUGAGUCAACAAUGACCUGAGAAAUGUGUAAAAUUCAAAGCAUUUAACUCUAAAUAUAUAUUUUUUGUGGGUGGACCAUUAACAUAUUAAUUAUCUACACAGUGCAAGUUUUUGAUGAGUUAAAGUAGUAUAAAUAGUUGUUUUAAUAUCUAUGAAAAUAUCUUUUUUUAAGAUUCUAUGUUACAUUGGUUUUCUGUUUUUUAGUUUGCAAAAUGGUGACCUGAAUCUGAGAAACAAUGAUCUGUGCUUAAAACAAAAUGACUGAGCGAUCAUCCAUUAGCAAAAGGUUAUUGAUGCCACAUGAACACAUUUAUUACUCCAUGAGUAGAAUAUUAUAAAUUACUUAAACUUUAGGUGUUGUGGACAAUAUCUGAAGGAGAAUACUUGUGCAUUUGAUUUGGACUUUCUCAGUUAUAAUCUUGUUCAUGUUGUUUUUUGUAUGAAUGCAGAAAUGGAAAUAAAUCCAUUGUUGAAGCUUGAAGUGAACGCAGCAACAAUGAGCAAAUUCCAAUGACUUUUGAAACAAAUUAAAUGCGACAUAAAGCCUGAAUGGUGAGAGGAGUUAUGGUAGAUGAUGGAAACUAAUUUGCUGUUCCUACAGAUGUGGGCAGUAAAUGUGAACAGACAGGAAGAAUAUGUGAAUUGCACAGUGUUUGUAUGUGUUUUAUUUUGGUGGGGCAAAACUUUAUUUAUAGCAAUAUUUAUAUUAUGAGAUUUUAUAU